CGACAGAAAAGGUUGCUGAUAAGCUGAGUUCUACUCUCUCAUGGGUGAAGAACUCUGUGUCCUACACGGUCAGUCAGAUGGCUAGCCAAGUGGCCACACCUACAUCCCUGCAGACCACUGUCACCUCCUCAUCCACAUCUCUGUGCUCUCCUGCCCUCUCCCCGCCGUCACCACCACUGCUUAGUCCUGAUGAUGUGGAACUGUUGGCUAAACUUGAGGAGCAGAACAGGCUGCUGGAGACUGAUAGUAAGUCACUUCGAUCCAUGAAUGGAUCAAGACGAAAUAGUGGAUCUUCACUCGUGUCCAGUUCCUCCGCCUCCUCUAACUUCUCUCACCUGGAGGAAGACACAUGGAUUUGCUGGGGUCGAAUUGUCAAUGAGUGGGAGGAUGUGCGUAAGAAAAAGGAGAAACAUCUUAAGGAUCUUGUCAAAAAAGGGAUUCCUCAUCACUUUCGAGCAAUCGUCUGGCAGCUGUUGUGCAAUGCUCAGAAUAUGCCUGUCAAAGAUCAGUACUCAGAACUUCUGAAGAUGACAUCACCCUGCGAGAAGCUGAUUCGGAGAGACAUCGCCCGCACGUAUCCUGAACACGAAUUCUUUAAGGAGAAAGACAGUUUGGGGCAAGAAGUACUCUUCAACGUCAUGAAGGCAUACUCCCUGGUGGACCGUGAAGUCGGCUAUUGUCAAGGAAGUGCAUUCAUUGUGGGACUGCUGCUCAUGCAGAUGCCUGAAGAGGAGGCAUUCUGUGUAUUUGUGAAGUUGAUGCAAGACUACAGACUGCGGGAACUUUUCAAACCCAGUAUGGCUGAGCUUGGACUCUGCAUGUACCAGUUUGAGUUUAUGAUUCAGGAACAACUACCUGAGCUAUACAUGCAUUUCCAGGCUCAGAGCUUUCACACCUCCAUGUAUGCUUCUUCUUGGUUCCUCACCAUCUUCCUCACCACCUUUCCUCUGCCCAUUGCCACUAGGAUCUUUGAUAUCUUCAUGUGUGAGGGUCUAGAGAUUGUUUUUCGUGUUGGACUUGCCAUCCUUCAAAUGAACCAAACUGAACUCAUCCAGCUCGACAUGGAGGGAAUGUUACAGCACUUUCAGAAGGUCAUUCCACGUCAGCUUGACAAUGGACCAGACAAGGUCAUCCAGGCUGCUUAUCAAGUUAAGUACAACACCAAGAAGAUGAAAAAGUUGGAGAAAGAAUAUACCACAAUAAGGACUAAAGAGCUGGAGGAGCAGGUGGAGAUAAAGAGACUGCGAACAGAGAACAGAUUGCUGAAACAGAGGAUCGACACACUGGAGAAAGAAAGUGCUUCCUUGGCUGAUAGAUUGAUCCAGGGACAAGUGACCCGAGCUCAGGAGGCAGAGGAGAACUACCUGGUCAAGCAGGAGCUGGCCACAGUCAAACAGCAAAAUGAGGAGGCCAGUGCUCAGCUUGAGCAGGCCAUGAAAACCAUCAGGCAGCUCCAGCAGCAGCAGCCACACGCGAAAGGAACAUCUCGCUGUUCUGAGGAGUCCGUCCUGCAGCUGGAGAGAGAGCUUGUACAUGCGAGGCUGAAGGAGGCAGAGUCCCAGUGUGCGCUCAAAGAGAUGCAAGACAAGAUCCUGGAAAUGGAAAAGAAGAACACGUUGCUACCAGAUGACACUAAUGUUGUACGUCUCCAACAAGAGCUGAUCGGAAUGAAGGUGAGAGAGUUAGAGGCGGUGACUGGACUCAAAGAAAUGAGACAGCAAGUCAGAGACCUGGAAGACCACUGGCAGCGUCACUUGGCACGCACUGCUGGUCGCUGGAAGGACAGUCCCAAGAAGAACACCCUGAGCGAGCUCCAGGACGAGCUCAUGAGUGUGAGGCUGCGUGAGGCCGAAGCCCAGGCAGAGCUUCGAGAAACACGUCAGAAGAUGCUGGAGCUGGAGACACAGAAUCACAUCCAUAGCAACCAGCUGCGACGGGCAGAACAGGAGAGUCUGUGUCUUCAGGAUCACGUACAGAAACUUACAGCACAGAAUAAAGAUCUACAUGUGCAACUGCAAGAGGUCAAGAGGAAACAAGCUGAAAUUGAAUGCAAGAGUAAAGAAGAGGUUAUGGCAGUGAGACUACGCGAAGCUGACAACAUUGCAGCAAUGGCUGAACUCCAACAACAGAUCUCAGAGCUUGAAAUUCAGAAAGAAGAAGGGAAGGUCCAAGGCCAGCUGAACCACACAGAUUCGAGUCAGUACAUUCGUGAUCUGAAGGAUCAGAUAGCAGAGCUGAAACAUGAGAUUUGCUGCUUGAAGCGGCUGAGAGGUUUGCCCGCUCAGCCCACUUUUGACGGGAUCCACUUUGUGAAUCACUGUGCUGGGGAUGAUGAGUCUUACCACUCGUCAGAUGAUGAUGGAGUUAAGGACCUCACUGUCCCAGACAACCACCAGACGAGCGGCAAUAGUCGUGUCAGACUGCACCCACACAUUGAGGACACAGACAGUGAGGAGGAAGGUGGCGAGGCCCUGCAGCUCUCUGUACCUGCCAGUAAGUCCACCACUGUGUGACGUCCCCCUGCUGGCAGCCACAGACACAGCAGCACCUGCAGAGGACGUGUUGAGCAUCUUAAUGGGCUGAGGCGCCACUUCAUAUCAUGAAAAUCAGUUUAGUUUUGUUUUUUUUUUGUUUUUUUUUUUUUUUUUUUGUGGUGGCUACUUUAUUGGGGUCAAACACACAUCUGACCACUGACAGCUGGUGGAGCAACAUGUGGAAAUGCACCAUGACAUGAAACAGUAUGGACCCCCUAAGGACUUACUUAGGUACAACACAGAGGAGACUGUGCAAUAAAAUGCUUUAUGCUACAUGACACUCUAAAAUGUUUUUAUACUUUGAAGCCAUUUUUUAAAUGUCAAUAAAAAUAUAUUAAUGACA